GUGGAAAUGGCGCUUUGAGUGGAAAUCUGAAGUCAGAGGGAGCAUCUCGUGCUUGGCAGUCUAUUGAAAGCCCCAAAGGGCUGUACGUGUGUUUUGUACUUUUAAAAGGAACGGAGUAUGACAGAGCAGAAAGGGAAACAGGAGAUUCGUCUAGGACAACUGAACAUCUGUGGCUCUAAAACAGCCGUCAACAACCCCAGACAGUGAACCAUGCAUGACCUGACGGCCCAAGUCACCAGCAGCCUGCUGCCGUUUCCUGGAGUGACUAUAGAUGCUCUGGGAGAGGAUGAGAUCACCCUAGAUUCUGUGUUACAUGGGAAAUUCACUGUUGGCCGCAGCGGGCUGGCCUGGUUGGCCUGUGGCCCCCAUCUGGAGGUUGUCCAUUCAGUGACGGGAGAGCGAUUGUCUGCCUACUGCUUCAGUGGUGGAGGCGAGCACCCACCCACUGUCCUCGCUGCCAGGGACUUUAGCUGGCUAAAAAGGUCUGGAUUACUGGUGGGCUUGGAGGAAGCAGAGGGAAGUGUGCUGUGUCUUUAUGACUUGGGACUGUCAAGGGUGGUCAAAGCUGUUGUUAUUCCAGGCAGGAUCACAGCUAUUGAGCCGUUGGUGAGUUAUGGUGGAGCAAGCGCUUCGACCCAGCAUCUUCACCAGAGUCUGCGUUGGUUCUUUGGCAUUGCCGCCGUAGUAACAGAUCUCGGUCAUGUUCUGCUGGUCGACCUCUGCCUUGAUGACCUGUCCUGCAGCCAAAGCGAACUGGAGGCCUCAGACCUGCAGGUAGUGACCAAGUCUCCUGCCGAGAUCCCCCGGCUGAGAGAAGUCGGCACCAGUCAGGGCAGACAUCUUUGUCUCCAGCUGAAUGGGCCCACUGGUGUUGGAGCCACAGCUCUGCAGUACAUCUCCAGGACCAACCAGCUGGCAGUGGGAUUUUCAGAUGGAAACUUACAGCUGUGGAACAUGAAGACUCUAAAGAAGGAAUACCACUCGCAAUUAGAGGGUGGCAGGGUGCCUGUGCAUACCUUCACCUUCCAGGAGCCUGAAAAUGACCCCAGGAACUGUUGCUACCUCUGGGCUGUCCAGUCUUCUCAGGAUCUUGAGGGAGAUAUGGUCAGCCUCCGCCUACUUCAGCUGGCCUUCAGUGAAAGGAAGUGUCUAUCUUCGGGGAAGAUCCUCUAUGAGGGUCUGGAGUACUGUGAGGAACGUUACAGUCAGGAGUUAAAUGGCCCAGCUUUCCCUCUCAGGGCUCAGGCCACCAACACCCGCCUGCUGAGCUGCCAGACAAUCGAAAAGUUCCGACACCAUCCUGACAGAGACGACAGCAUGAACGAAGUUGCAUCUCCAGACACCAGUGUUUCCAUCUUCUGCUGGCAAGUCAAGGCCUACGGUCAGGGAACCCCGUCUACCUGCAUCGGGGUUUUUGACGUCAACCGUUGGUACCACGCACAGAUGCCAGACUCUUUGAGAACGGGACAGUCUCUGCAAAACUGUCCUUACCUGGCAGUAUGGUCUCUGGACCCCGUGGUUCAGAUGGUGUCUCAACAUGUCCUCUUGGAUGUGCUGGUGCACGACCGCAGCCUGAGCAGGGGCCUUCCCUUCACAUGCCCCCCACCAGAACAGUACUUUAACCCCACCACAUAUAACUUUGAUGUUACCUGCUUGAUCAACUCUGGAAUUGUGCACUCGACCUGCUCUGGGUAUCAGAAAGAGACCCUGAGCUUUUUGAAGAAAGCUGCUCCUUGUUCCAGUGAAGUCAUCUCCACCAGCUACUCUCGCUGCCUCAUGUCCGGCCUACUCUCCUCUCGCCUGGCUGACACCCAGCCCUCCAGCCUCUCUCAGGAUGAGCAGCUGGAUGCCAUAUUGUCCACAGCAGUGGAGACCAGCUCCUUGGGAAUGAUCACUGGCUGUAUCAAGCAGUGGACGGCAGAAGAACAACCAGGCUCUGCACUGAACCUGCGCUACAUCCUGGAUUGGGCCUGGAACAAAGUGGUCCAGACCAAGGAGGAACUGGAUGGCAUCUGUGCACCGCUGUUUGACAGCUCAUCCAACUUCACAGACCCUCAGACCAUGCAGCUGCUGCAGCACAGCCAGAGACUGCUCAGUAACCUCAGCACAAUCUUCCAUUGUCUGCUCAGUGAAGCUCAGGAACUCACACGAAAAGGCCUGGUGGGUCUGAUAAACAAGAACUUGGUGUCCAGUCUGAUUUCAAAGUACGCUCAGGUCGUGCUCUGGUUCUGUCGCACCGGUCUGCUGCCCGAAGGAUCAGUAGAUGACGCUCUCCAGAUCUCCAGGCCUUUCUUCACUCACUCUGUCACCAGCAACUAUUAUACUAUACGCAGACAGGAGCUCACCAGGCUGGCUAAGGGCAAGUGGUGUGCAGACUGCCUGAUGAUUGACGGUUUGGUCGGCCAGUGUGGCGAGCGCUUGAUCACCCUGUGGAAGAGGGAUGAGAAUGGGACGGGGCAAUACCCACCGCCUACAUUACAUGCCUUGUUGGACAUCUAUCUCCUAGACAACAUCGAUGAAGCAACCAAACAUGCGAUUGUGAUUUACCUGCUGCUGGAUGUUAUGUACUCUUUCCCCAAUAAGGAGGGAGCAUCAGUGGAGUCGUUCCCCCCAGCCUUUGCCAUCCCUAUCGGACUGAUGAAACUAGUGCAGGGCCUCUGGCUGCUGGACCAUCACGACCACCAGAGUUCCUUCGAGUUGCUCCUGCAUCCAGCUGCCUCUCAGUGUCACUUUGAGUGGCAGCACGAGCGUGUCCUGAAUGCACUGAUGUGCCAGAGCCAACACGCAGUGGCACUUCGAUACUUCCACGGUACGAAGCCCCCAAUUUCCUCCACCUCCCAGGCCAAACUGUACCUGUCUGUACUUAUACACAACAGGUGUCUCGUAGAGGCAUGGGCCUUACUUCGGCAGCAGUCUAAUCGCCUCAACAUGGAAGAGCUGCUGGCCUUUCUCUAUGAGGGCUGCCAGGAGCUGGGCCUCAUCACGGAGCUGUUCAAACUCCCUCUGAGCCUCACUGAGCAGGAAGGUUUGGAGAAGUUUCUCCAGGGGACAGGGGGUCUCCAUAACAGAGAACUGCUGAUGGUUCAUUACCUUCAGCAGGCCAACUACAUUCCUGCCCUGCAGCUCAACCAAAGGAUCAAAGUAAACUUCGUGAAUGAGCGAGAUCCAAAGCUUAAAGAACGGUCCAACACCAGGAACUCGAUUUUGGAUCAAUACGGCAAGGUUUUGCCCAGAGUCCAGAGGAAAAUGGCAAUGGAGAAAGGAAAGCCGUACCAGCAUCCGAGCGCCAUCCACCGAGAAGUUUCUCGGCCACAGCCGCUGUCCACCAUCACCAGACGCUCAGUCAGUGAGAAGGUGAUGUCGAGGGCCGGCUUCAUCAACAAUCUUCUGACCAAGAUUGAUGAGGUGUGCUUGGGCAAAGGAGCUACACAACAGUCCUCCCCAGCCAGGAGCCCGAGGGCAGCUGAUGCUCACAGCCCCAAGCCCUCCUCCUCCUUGGCCCUUUCUGAGCCAUUCCUGGGAACUCCCAUCACCAUGACGUCCAGAAGAAAGUCAAGACUAAAGGACUUGGUGGUUCACACCUCCUGUCAGACCCCUCGCCCUCUGCUCAGUCCUCCCAGACCCCCCAGCUCCUGGGUUUCUCCGAAGAGCGUCGGCAUGGCCCCUGAACUCAGUCUGCUGCAAACACCACAGGUGGUCAAGCGAGCGCGGGCCCUGGCUGCUUCCGGCCCCGUGUUCUCUGCCUUCACUCCCCAGUCCAUCCUACGCAGCAGCCUGAGGCCCACACCCGUCGCCACCCCGUCUGCUUCUCCAGGGCGCUCCAUCACCCCCCCACUGCGCAACAAAGAGAGCCGGAUCACCUUCAUCGAAGAGGAAGAAACUCCUGUAUCGGAGAAGGGCAUCCGAUGGACCAAUGGGGUGGCAGCAGACAGUGAGAUUAGCUUGUUGACCAGAGACCCCAUUCUAUCCAAGAGUACACAUAAGACCUGGUCUGCACAGCCUGCUGGGGAGGAUGUAGAUGAGGAAGAGGAAGAGGAAGGGGAAGAGCCUCAUGUAAAGUUCCUUUCUCCAGAAGGUGGUUUCUCCUCCCCAGAGCUGAGAUGCUUUGAUAGCGAGUCAACCUCCAUCCAUGAAGUUGCUGCAGAAACCGGACCAUCAGAUGCAACACAAACAAAACUCAACCUGAGCUUUGACACCAGCCAGACAUCUGUCCGUUCAACAGACAGCACUCUGGAGUUUUUCAUUGCACCCCUUGCUGGUCUCCCAGAGGACCAAGACGGGGAGGAGAGGCAAACAGCGAAAGAAGAUGAGGUAGUGACGGUGAACAUCAAAAACCCAACUGAAAAUGAAGAACCAGAGGAACAGCUCUCAGAAACCAAUGAGCAAACCCCUGUCCUGACAUCAGAGGACACAGAGAGGGAGGAGGAAGAGGAGGAGAAUGAGGAUUAUACAUUUGAGGACGUGAUGGAAAUUGGUCUUGAAGAGGAGGCUAAAAAUGUGGAAGAAGUUCAGUCUAAACAAAAGGAUGAACAGGAAGUUCAUACCAUUAGCGAACAUGGAGAUUCUGCAACUCCUCCCCUAAAAGAGAUGUCCUUUCCAGUUUGUAACCAGGUUACUGAGAGCACAGACUCUGGUGCUGAAGUUGAGUCUCCGGAGGUACCAGUGGAGCAGGACAUCCAGACUGAGGCCACUGAAUCCCUAGAUAAUUUGAAACCAUCUGCAGCCUCUGAACCCACAAUCACACCAGAAGAGGAACUGGAGCAAUCAAAAGAUCUGACAGAGUUUGUGCAGAGACAUCUGUUUGGUAUCGAUCCGUCUCCUCUGCUCACCCGCUCAGGAAUCCACGACGCAUCGCAGAUGCAGGCCUCCUUCAACAGUGAGGCACCAGGUGAGGCUGAAGAGGAGGUGCAGGCAGCUGCUGAAGCUCCUCCGGUGUUCACCAGCCAAAAGUCUUCUGCUUCUGUGACAUCGACCGAGCCAACGGGCACAGACUCCCAAUCUGUUGUGAGUUUGAAUGAUAGUGAAGAGCUUUCUAGCGCAAUGUCAGAGGAGGAAGAUGAAGAGGAGGAGGAGUCUGAUCAGGAGGAGGAGUCUGAUCAGGAGGAGGAGGAAGACGAGGAGGAGGACUCUGGUAGUGAGGUGGAGAUCAUUGAGGAAGUCCAGGGUAAUGGGAGGCUGCCACCACUCCAACCCAAUUCAGUCUUUGUACAACAAGAACACACACACUUCCUGCCAAGUCUUUCAGAACAGGAGGCUGCGCAGUUCUCUCUGAUCGCGCCCGGUGCCGAGAUAAAGAUGGUAGAGGAGGUCAUGGAGGGUGAGGUGGUGAUGGUGAGACUCGGUGCGGAUGAAGGAUUAGAUGCUGUUGAGGAUGAAGAGCAAGGAACAUCAUACAUGGAGCUCAAACCCUCUACCACUCUCCUUGUUCCACUGGAGCUUGUGGAGGGGCAGGGCGGCCUGGUCGAUGGCUCUCAGCUCUGUCUUCCUGGGCUUCAGCAAACCUUUGUGCCAGAUGAGCAGAGUACUGAAAAUAACAGCAGCUUCUCUCUGAUGCUGGAUGUGGACGAUGAUGCAGACACGUUGCCAAUGGAGAAUGAUCUGCAAACCUCUGACCCUCCCUCCCGGUCUCCAUCAGUGGAGGCUCUUGACAAACUAGAAGCCAAACCUGAGGUCAUUAUUUUGGGCACAGAUGAUCAGGAGGAAAGCUCCGAAUAUUACCAGGGGAAAGAGGUAGAUACUUUAGAUGGAAUUGAGCUUGAUGAAACAGCAGAGUUAGAACUUGCCGGCCUACAAACUGAAAUCACUGGGGAAAAGCUUGAGACAGAAGAUGCUAAAGUACAGAGCGAUGCAGAGUUAGUGAUGUUGGUUGAAGAUCAUGAACCUGCAGGCCUUUCACUGUCGGAACCAGAUCCAGUGGGAGAACCUUCUGUAGAAAUGCUAGUUGAAGAUCAGGCGCAGGAAGGACCCUCAGUCACUGGGUCAAGUCCAGUAGGAGAAUUUCCAGCUCAAAUGCUGGCUGAAGACAAUGAACCUGAAAGUCUUUCCGACUUUGGGCCAACUCCAGUGGAAGAACCUACAGCAGAAAUGCCGGCUGAAGAAGAUCGAGAACCUGAAGUUGUUUUAUUGUCUGAACCAAGUCCAGUGGAAGAGCCUACAGCUGAAGAUCAAGAACCUGAAGUUGUUUUAUUGUCUGAACCAAGUCCAGUGGAAGAGCCUACAGCAGAAAUACCAGCUGAAGAAGAUCAAGAACCUGAAGUUCUUUUAUUGUCUGAACAAAAUCCAGUGAAGAAGCCUUCAGCAGAAAUGCUAGGUGAAGAUCAUGAGCAGGAAAAUCUUUCAGAAUUUGGACCAAGUCCAGUGGAAGAACCUUCAGCAGAAAUGCCUGCUGAAGAAAAUCAAGAACCUGAAAGUCUUUCCGACUCGGAAACGAAUGCACUGGAAAUUAUCCCACAAGUUUUGGAUGACAAAGACUCCAUGGCAGAAAAAAAUGCCAAUCAGGAGGGGAUGGAAGAGGAGAAGGUCGAACCAGCACCUGCUGAGGACCAGGAACAGCCUGAAGAGAGUGGACCUGUUGAUGUGGAUACAGAGAUUAUUCCCAGCGCAGUGACGUCGACUGUUGUGGAGGAGAAGCAACAGGUCCACAAGGCCUUACCAGCAACAGAAGAGAAUAAUGGGGAAGAACUUAAGACGGAGAAAGAAACAAAGAGUAGAAGGGGAGGACUGAGAAAAAAGGUUGACGAGACACUUGUGAAGGCAGUUGUGAGCUCAACUAGCGAGCCAGAGGAACAGCCUGUCCUCGAGACCCCAUCUUCUCAGAGGAAAAAGAAGGAUCCUUCCACGCCAACACAGAGGACAACAAGAAGGAGGACGAUUAACUUUAUCUUGCCCAUCAAAGAGGAAGCUAUGGAGGGACAAACCAGCACUCUGCUUCCUGCCUCUCCUAGUCGUACACCUAGAAAAAGUAUCCAGAACAAAGUCCAGAUUACCACACCUCGAAGAAGUUCUCGUAAUGCCAAGCCAGAGCCUCCAAAAGAAGAUGCUAAAGAGGAGAGCGUAAUGGACAAUGACAAGACAGCGACUUCCAAAGCCUCCUCACCAGCCAGACGUAGGGUUUCCCAGAAGGUCACAUCUAUAAGGAACAGUCAAAAGGCCGAAAGUGAUGAAGAUGAAGAGGAAAUAGAAGAGGUCACAGAUACUAAAGUUUAUCGACGAACCAGCUCCAGGACUCAAACACCGGCCAAACACAGGACCAGUCAGGUAAACACUCGGAGGUACAGCAAAAGGAUAUUGAGUAUCAGCGAGGUGGAGUCGGCAUCAUUAGAGGUCUUUGAAGAAGAGAAGGAACAGGUGGACUCUGCAACUCCGCCCAAACGCAACUCCAGGAAAAGCAAGACGACAUCAUCAAAAACACAGGCGGCACUGCUGGAAGAGGAGGAGGAGGAGGAGGAGGGGGAGGAGGAGGAGGAGCAGAAAGUGAAAAGAUCUUCCAGUCCUGGCAGGGCGACUCGACAGUCCAACCGCAUUACCCUGAGCGUUUAUCCACAAAGUGCAAGGAAGACGAUAGGAGAGACGAUCACUGAUAGUAUGAAAGAAACUGCAGUUCUACAUGAGCCUGAACUAAACAGCAAGACUACGCGCUCCAACUCUCGUCGACCUCAAAGAACCAAGCUAUGGGAUUACCCCGAGGAAGACCAUCCCUUGCUGGACUCACCGCUGGAGGUGCACUCCGAAACGCCAGUCGCAGACGCUCUCAUCAAGAGACUUCAGGAUGAGAAGGAGAAGCAGGAAGGAGGAGUAGUCGUCACAAAGACGCUAAGAACCAGCAAGAGGAGUACCAAGUCGUCAGUGGAGGACGUUCACUUGCUACUUCCUGUAAACCAAAGCCUCAUCCCUGAACCCGAAGAGGAAGAGUCUACCCCAGGCGAGAAUUCCUACAUCUACUCCCCCUCACGGAGAAGAACAAGAGCUAAAAGAGGAGGGUCUCCUGGCCCCAGUGAAGAGUCAGCGGCCCCCGUCACUCGCAGCAGGAGGAAAGUUGUCAAAGAUGCGCCUCAGGAUGAAAUUGCUUCAGAAGAAGAUCUUUGGGAGAUGGAGAAAGCAGCAAGAGUUUCUAAAACCAGAAAAGCAGGCACACAAACAGCCAGAUCCAAAGCCGUUUUGGAGCCUCCUCCCCUAGCAGAGGUGACCCCGAUCUCGCCUCUGCCCAGCCCAACUGAACCACGAGCACAGAAGAGGAUAGACCCAACCUCCAGCAGGAACCUUCGACGCAAACGGAUAAUGGAAACGGUUUUCACAAAACCUGUAACGCGGAGGAAGAAACUUUAAGGAGGUUGGUGGUGGUUUUAACCAGGGAUCCUCAGACAGCCCCCAGAAGAUCUGAACCAACUCGAUCAGGAGCUGUCAAAUAAAAGUGUAUGCAUAAACUCAUUAUGGUUCCAUUCCCUCGAAUGCAUCAGAGUGCUGUGGUUGUCUUUGUAUAUUUGCUUCCCUGUAGGACAAAUUAAUUAAAAAAAUGUUUUUCAAAAUAAGCAAUUUAGGCAUGAAAAUAUAUUUUUGGGAGGAAACACACUGGAUAGCGGUGUGAGGGAGGCAUAUAUUUUUGGAGUUUACAUAUCCCGUUCAUAUGGACUGGAUUUCACUUGAUAUUGCUACUAAUCUGUGGCCAUUUUGUGUGGGACAUUUUAAGGCGCUCCUCGUAAUCCGGUUAAAUCUCUGGACAUAGAAUGAAACAAGGGAAAGGAAUCAAGAUGGGCUUUUAAACGUGCCCAGUAAUAAACCCUGAGGGACUGAAAAGGAAACUUCCCCUUAAAAAUUGGUUUUAUUCACAUUCUCUUUUAUCUUUUUGGUUUUUUGUUUUGUUCUCAUCGUUUACUUUUUAGAUCUUGAGGCCUGCUACUUUUUUCUAUUUAAGAAGAAAUGCAACCAACCCAAUUGAGACGAAUGAUUUUUACUGAUAAAUGUAUAUAUCAUCUUUUGCUAUGUUCCAAAUAAAGUUCAUAAAUAAAUCCUGAAGAUUUACUUUCAUUUUGAGGUUUUAAGUGUCUUGAAUGCGUUUGAUCAUCUUAUCAGCCUGCCUAUGCCAUAGUCUUAAAAUGUUUGUCAAUUUGAGGGAUUUUGUGUGAAGGAGGUGCCGUCUUGUAAACUAAUGCCAUCAGAUUUGAGUGUUUCCUUGUUUGAUAGGAUGAUGUAAAGUGUGAAAGCAACAAAAACUUACACAGCUGUUUGGAGUUUUAAAAAUGUAAAAUAGAUGUUUUGGGACAUGUUAAUAGACUUGAACUAAAUUUAUGGCAACCAACAUCUGAGAACUAGGCUAUUUUCUGAUGAAUGUAUGUAGAAUGUCUUAUUUUUGAUGACUGCUCUUUGAUAAAUAUGGCUGCGCUUGAA